GACGAAGUUAUGGGCUGUAUUCCACUAGAAACAUUUUUCACUUAAAAAGAAUGGAUUCUUAUUUGUAUUUCUUAAAAUCAGGAGCCUCUUAUUUCAAGAAUUUAGUGGAUUUAGUAACGUAAGAGGACUGUCGCUUUGUCCGUCUCUCUGUUUCUGCGAUCUCUCAUAAAAAAUAAUUGAAAUUCCAAUGAAGGGACUCCCACAAAAGCGACAGAUGUUUGUAGAAAAAGCAGUAAUUGAACAUUGAUUUGUCCACCCUGUCCAUCUUGCUUUGCUUUCUCCCUCUCGUUUCCUCUUCUUUCUUUCUCACUCUAUCAGUUACCCACCACGCUCCUACGCCUCUCACUCCUCCACUCUGCAGCAUUCACAUUUUUCUACCUCGAUUUCUCAAAAUCAAACGAGGGAACUUCUCCCGCUGUGCUGAUCUGGCUUCGAUUCUUGCCUGGCUGAUUCUCAGAAUAACUGAAGAGUCCUUUACAUACAUUAUAUGCAUAUACAAGAACUCUGUAGUUGAAGGGCUGAAAUUCAGACUUGAUUGAAGAUUGAAGAUACAUACAUACAUAUAUAUAUAUAUAUAUUCCGUCGUGGUGUUUAGCUAAUGAUGCUUCGGAUAUCGAUAUCAGUCCGAGUAAUCCUGCUAUGUUGUGGAUUGUUCUUAACUGCAUCAGGCGCAAACGUCGGGGUAAACAUAGGGACUGAUGUGUCGAACCUACCUUCAACAGGCGACAUAGUCGCGAUCCUCAGAGCAAAGAAAAUCGAUCAUGUUCGUCUCUUCGACGCCGAUUCGCAUAUGCUGAAUGCUCUUUCCAACACCGGCAUCGAAGUCAUGGUCAGCGUCACGAACCAGGAAGUUUUAGGAAUCGGCGAAUUCCCGUCGAGAGCAGCCGCUUGGAUCAACAAGAACGUCGCGGCCUACGUGCCCUCGACCAACAUCACAGCCAUUGCUGUCGGCAGCGAAGUUCUGUCGUCGCUCCCGCACGCCGCGCCAAUUCUGCUCCCGGCGAUGAACAAUCUGUACAAGGCCUUAGUUGCGGCGGACCUCAAUUACCGGGUUAAAGUCUCGACCCCGCAUUCGAUGGACAUCGUUCCCCGCCCGUUCCCUCCUUCCACUGCAGCAUUCAACGCGACAUUGAAUUCGACCAUCGUACAGAUCCUCCAGUUCUUGAAGAACACGAAAUCCUUCUACAUGCUGAAUGCGUAUCCGUAUUACGAAUACGUUAAGGGGAAAGGGAUCUUCCCGCUCGAGUACGCUCUGUUUAAACCGCUCCCUGCAGUGAAGCAGAUUGUUGAUCCAAAUACGCUGUUUCACUACAACAGUAUGUUCGAUGCUUUAGUCGAUGCUACAUACUAUUCGAUGGCGGCGCUGAACUUCUCUGCGAUCCCUAUCGUCGUGACCGAAACUGGCUGGCCGUCGUUCGGUGGAACGAACGAGCCGGAUGCGACUCCCGAAAAUGCCGAGACGUACAACAACAAUUUGAUCCGGCGGGUGUCGAACGAUUCUGGUCCUCCUAGUCAGCCCACAAUCCCGAUCGGUGCGUACAUUUACGAGCUAUUUAAUGAGGACAAGCGGCCGGGUCCUGUUUCGGAGAAGAAUUGGGGUAUCGUUUCAACGAACGGGAGCUCGGUGUACGACAUAAGCCUGAGUGACUCGGGUAACCUUGAUUCGAAUGGCUCGACGGUUUUCUGUGUAGCGCGAUCGGGUACAGACGACGGUGCGCUACGGGAUGGGCUGAACUGGGCUUGCGGACACGGCCAGGCUGACUGCACGGCGAUUCAGCAAGGGCAGGCUUGCUACCUCCCGAAUACGCUACAGAACCACGCGUCGUAUGCCUACAAUGAUUAUUAUCAGAAGAUGCACGGAUCCGGUGGGACCUGUGAUUUCGGUGGCUCGGCUACAUUAACCCCUGUCGAUCCGAGCUAUGGAUCGUGUCGAUUUGCGGGAAGUUCGAAUUCGAGCACAGGGCAUCUGUUUCCGACUCCGGCGCAGGGGCCGGUGGGGCCGUCGUCGGAGGGCUGGAGGAGGAGGGCAACGAUGGUUGAGCUUGGUACAAUUGCGGCAACUGCUGCUGUUGGUGUGUUGUUGGUGGAUGUGAAUAUGGGAAUCAUGAUCGGUUUGUAGUGGAUUUUUGAUUUGUGAUUAUGGGGCAAUCCUAUGUUGUUCACAACAUUGAACAGUAUUUUUGGGUUUUGAUCGAAUUCUUGGAUAUGCCUAGGCAAAGGUGGUCUGUUUUAUACACCAAUGUCUGUCAGUCUGAUCAAAUUAAACUUCACAUCUUAAUGAGAUUGAA